AUGUUACACACGGCCAAGGAAACAGAACAAGAACAAAUAAAGGCCAUUGCUUUCUUCUUCCCUUCCCCUUCUCUUCAUUGCCCUUCUCUCUCUCUUUUUUAUCGCGGAGAGAGUUUUAUAGAUUUCUCCUUCUUCAACUUUACUUGCGUUUCUUUGUUUUAUCAAUUCGAAAACCCUAGCAGCAAUCUCUGCUGAUUUCACUUACCCACCUCGAAUUUUGUUGUUCUAUCUCCUUCACAAAGCACCACCUAUCUGAAACCCUAGGGGAAGAGGAUUCUCUCUUAUGUCCUCUUCUGUUAUCUUCUCUUACCUCUAAAGUUUCGUUUAUUUCGAUCAUGGAGAGAUCUGAUUCAAGGGAUUUGUAUAACUUUGUUCGCGCUUCUUCCUUAGAUAAAAACAGUACACUCUUUGAUGCAUCACAAUAUGAGUUUUUUGGACAAAAUCUGGAUGAUAUGGAACUUGGGGGUCUUGAUGAUGAUGGAGUAAUCGCUCCUGUUCUUGGACAUGCUGAUGAUGAUGAGUAUCACUUGUUUGAUAAAGGAGAGGGUGCAGGUUUAGGAUCACUAUCUGACAUGGAUGAUCUUGCGACAACUUUCGCAAAGUUAAACAGAGUUGUUACCGGACCCAAACACCCUGGAGUUAUUGGUGAUAGAGGAUCAGGAUCCUUUUCAAGAGAGAGUUCUUCUGCUACCGAUUGGACACAAGAUGCAGAGCUCACAAGCUGGUUGGACGAACAAGAUCAAGAAGCUAAGAGAUGGUCCUCACAGCCACAAUCAUUUGCUCAUUCAAAACCUUUGUACAGGACAUCCUCUUAUCCUCAGCAGCAACCGCAGCUGCAGCACUACAAUAGUGAACCGAUAAUUUUACCAGAAUCAAAUUUUACCUCAUUUCCCCCGCCUGGUAACAGAUCUCCGCAGGCUUCACCCGGAAAUCUCCAUCGCGCUCCUUCUCUUCCUGGUGGUUCUCAGUUGACCUAUUCUGCACCUUCCCCGCUGUCAAAUUCUGGUUUUCAUCUUUCAGGAUUGUCGCAAGGGCCCCACUAUGGUGGUAAUUUGACUAGAUAUGCCUCGUGCGGUCCUACGCUUGGUAACAUGGUGCAACCUCAUUGGGUCACUGAUCCUGGUCAUCUACACGGAGAUCAUUCUGGUUUAUUACAUAAUCUGGUGCAACAACAGCAUCAACAAUUGCCUCCUCGAAAUGCUAUUAUGUCGCAACAUUUGCUUGCCCUCCAGCAGAGACAAUCAUAUGCUCAACUUGCAGCGCUACAGUCUCAACUGUAUAGUUCCUAUCCUUCGCCAUCACGUAAAGUCCCUUUUGGAGUUGGUGAAGUUAGGGAACACAAACAUAAGUCAUCUCAUAGAAGUCGAAAGAAUAGAGGACUCUCUCAACAGACAUCAGACGCAGCUAGUCAGAAAAGUGAAACUGGACUGCAGUUUAGAUCAAAGCACAUGACUUCAGAAGAAAUAGAGAGUAUACUCAAGAUGCAGCAUUCCAAUUCACACAGCAAUGAUCCCUAUGUCAAUGAUUAUUACCACCAAGCGAAGCUUGCCAAGAAGUCUGCCGGAUCUAAAGCAAUCUCUCACUUCUAUCCUGCUCAGUUGAAGGACCACCAGCCUCGGUCCCGUAAUAGUUCUGAACAGCAUCCACAAGUUCAUGUAGAUGCUCUUGGUAAAAUUACACUUCCAUCUGUCCGCAGGCCACAUGCCUUGCUUGAGGUUGACUCUUCUCCUGGUUUUAACGAUGGAAGCGGGGAUCAUAAGGGCUCAGGAAAACAUUUGGAACAGGAACCUCUCGUUGCAGCUAGGGUUACAAUUGAAGAUGCUCUUGGAGUUCUUAUUGACAUAGUUGACAUUGACAGGACUCUCCAAAACACAAGACCCCAGGACGGAGGUGCCCAACUCAAGAGAAAGCGGCAGAUCCUGCUAGAAGGAUUAGCGACAGCACUUCAACUUGCUGAUCCGUUCAGCAAAACCGGUCAGAAAUCUGGGAUGACUGCUAAGGAUGAUAUUGUCUUUCUACGUAUAGCGACUCUCCCCAAGGGUCGGAAAUUGCUUACAAAGUAUCUACAACUUCUAGUUCCAGGUACUGAGAAUGCUCGAGUUGUCUGUAUGGCUAUAUUCCGCCACUUGAGAUUUCUGUUCGGCGGCCUACCUUCAGAUACUCUAGCAGCAGAGACAAUAUCUAAUCUUGCCAAAGCAGUCACGGUUUGCGUUCAGGCCAUGGACCUUCGAGCACUGAGUGCUUGCCUUGCAGCUGUAGUAUGUUCUUCAGAGCAGCCACCUCUCCGUCCUAUCGGAAGUUCUGCUGGAGAUGGUGCUUCAGUUGUCUUGAUAUCUCUUCUUGAGAGAGCUGCGGAAGUAGUGGUGGUUCCUCGAGUCAUGCAUGGGAAUUCUAAUGAUGGUCUCUGGAGAGCGUCAUUUGAUGAAUUCUUCAACCUUCUUACCAAAUACUGCAGAAGCAAGUAUGACACAAUCCGUGGACAGAACCAAGGGAGUGCAGCGGAUGUUUUGGAGCUGGCGAUAAAGAGGGAAAUGCCCGCUGAGCUUUUACGUGCGAGUCUGCGUCACACCAAUGACGACCAGAGGAACUAUUUAUUAAACUUUGGUCGUAAACCAUCAGCAAUUAGUGAGUCGGCAUCUCAUGCAAGGGGUGGACAGAUCAACUCUGAAUCUGUGAGGGGUUAAUAAAAAAGAAAGAGAAACCAUGUGCUUGGAAGAUUCCAAUUCUUGGUUUUCAUGGCUGUGGUGUGGACUCAGGAGACAAACUUGUAAGUAACCUGGUGGUGUAGGAAUCUUUUCACAAGGGUUUCAGGUGAAAAGUGCUUUUAGAUUCUGCUCUUCGUCUUCGUUUUUUAACUUUGAACUCUUUUAUAUUUCGUAUUAUCUUUUAUGGUGGACAAAUGCAUAUUCUGCUUGGUUUGUGUAUUGGAUGAUGGGAAAGAAUGUGAAACAUGGAGUAGUAGGGUUAUCUGAAGAAGUAAUGUCUUCCGAUGGGAGCCAUAUUUUGGUGCUCUAAAUCGUUAGGGAAACAAAAAUAGGAGGGAACUUUAGUAGUUUGGGAAGGAUACUAGUGUUUUGUGUACAGAAUGAUGAUAAAACCCUUUAUCCGGAGAAUAGUGAGAAGACUAUAUAGGUGUUAAUCCUCUUCGAUUAACAGGUUUAGGUCCGGAAAGCAGCUGGGAAUCUGGGAUAGGGAGUUCAAAAGUUUGUUAUCUGAUAUGUUUAUUUCCUCUUUGAACUGUUUCGUGUAAUAGUAGUAGGAACUCACAAAAACCCUCUUUUGAAUACUCUUGGAUCCAUCUCUCUCGUUGGUUGUUUCAAGAUUCCAUCUUCUAGGCUCUUCUACCUUUUUUGUGAUGAGCUUUAAGUACAACACUAAGAUCCAACUGGUUUUGUUGUCCUUGUAGAAUCUUUGGUUUGACUAGUGAUUGUUGGAAUCAUUUGGCCCUUCUAUUUGACAGAAUCUUUAAGUUACUAUAAUAAGGAUCUUACAGAAAUUGAUUUUCUAUACUACAAAAUUUCUGUAAUGGUAAUGACCAAGGGCCGAUGAUGAGUGACUCGUAAACUACUAGAAUUCACUAAAGCUAGUGAUAUACUUUGUUCAUUCUAUUCUUUGGUGGAUCCAGCGAGUUAAAUGCGU